UAGUUCAUGCAUGCAAAGUUUUUCGUUUUGUUUUUGUUCUUGUUGUUGACCAGGAUUUCCAGGCCAGCUUACUUCAGUCAAUGUGUUUUCAAUCAUAGUCGAAUUUCAAGAUCGUAAUCCCCUUAAUCCAAGCCUAAGCCAUGCACGAAGAAGAUAGAUUACGGAAAGGGCCUUGGCUCGAGGAGGAAGAUGAGCUUCUCAUAACCAUAGUCUCCCAUAUGGGAGAACGACGAUGGGAUUCCUUAGCCGAGGCAUCAGGGCUUAGGAGGAGCGGUAAGAGCUGCAGGAUGAGGUGGCUGAACUAUCUUCAUCCAAAUCUGAAACGAGGGCGGAUAACUGCUGAAGAAGGGCAAACCAUUAUUCUGCUGCAUGAGCAGUGGGGAAAUAAAUGGUCAAAGAUUGCUCAAAGAAUGCCUGGAAGAACAGAUAACGAGAUCAAGAAUUACUGGAGAUGUCAUGUGAGGAAGAAGGGACAAGCAGAGGAAGAAGAAGAACACAAGGAUCAGGGUUUAUCUGCAAAUUGUUCAUCCUCCUCGGGUACAAUAGAGCAAUCAAACUAUUCGUUUUCAACUCCUUCUCCUUAUGAAACCCAACUGUCGGAUUGGAUAUCGAGUUGGACCGAUGAUCAAUCUUUCGCGAACAAUGAUAGGGUGUUUUCUGAUCAAUCUAAAGAAAUUGAUGAGGCUAGCUUAUGGGGUUGGAAUUCUUCUGUCUCUCUUUGGGUUUGGGAUACAAAUUAAUUAAUGAUUUAAUAAUAAUAAAAAACUUUAAUUUUAUUCUUAAGAUGUGUUCAUAUAGUAUUCUGGUUUCUUGAGACCAUUUCUUGUUAAAUAUUUCUUUAAUGGUCCCUUUAAAUGUGUAUAAAUGAAAAUAAGUGCAAGUUUUCA